AUGGGAGACAACACUAGAAAUGUUGCAGUUGCACAAACUGGAAAUGUUAACCAGAUUGACCCUAGUAACCCACUCUAUAUCCAUUCUUCUGAUUCACCAGGUAUGAGUUUGGUGAAUUUUAUCUUUGACGGUAGAGGUUUCCAAGGAUGGAGAAAGACCAUCCUUAUUGCUCUUUCUGCCAAGAAUAAACUUGGCUUUAUAAAUGGUACCUGCAAAAUGCCAAAUGUAGAUGCACCAGAUUAUCAAGCAUGGAGUAGAUGCAAUGAUAUGGUAACUUCAUGGUUACUUAAUUCUCUAUCAAAGGACAUAGCAGAUAACAUCAUUUACUCUAAGGCUGCUAGAGAUCUUUACACAGAUCUGGAACAAAGAUUUGGACAGUCAAAUAGUGCUAAACUUUUUCAUUUGCAAAAAGAGUUAAGUGACAUUGUUCAGGGAAACACAGAUGUGGCAGGAUACUUCACCAAAAUCAAAAGGCUUUGGGAUGAGCUAGAUUCAUUAAACACAGACAACAAAUGCAGUUGCAACUGCAUCUAUGGGGGAAAGGAAAAGCUAACUAAAUCUCUAGAAGAUGAGAAAUUGAUUAACUUCCUCAUGGGGCUAAAUGAAACCUAUGGUCCAGCUAGGAGUAGUAUCCUCAUGAUUAAGCCUUUGCCCAAUCUCAACCAUGCCUACUCAUUACUUUUGCAGGAAGAGAACCAAAGAGAAUUAUACAUUAAUGCUAAUGUAUCUACUGGCACUGUAUCUUUCAUGGCAGGAAAACAAGCAUAUGGAACUAACCAAGUUUAUGCAGAAAAUCAGAACCAUGUCACCAAUCAUGUCUAUGCAGCCCAGAGAAACAAACCAUCUAGUCAAGGGGUUUGGGAAAACAAAUCACAAAAACCCAAACAAAACAACCUGUUCUGUACCUACUGCAAGAAAACUAAUCAUACCAGCAAAGUAAAGAAGAACCAAUCUAAAGCAAGAAGUAAUUCAGUUUCAAUUGAAGAAAUAGAGAUGAUGACUCAAGACACAAACAUGAGAAGUAAUAUGGGAAACAACAUGAAUCAACUAACCAAAGAGCAAUACAAUCAGGCUAUUCAGUACUACAGAGGAAAGAAAAUGGGAGAAGGUUCAACUUUUGGAAUAGCACCUGAAGGAACAGGAAACAUAAAUGCUGCUACUGGUAUAACUUAUACACUCUCUCUUACCUAUCUAGCUUCUAAAAAUUCUAGUUACUGGAUCAUAGAUUCAGGAGCUUCUGAGCACAUGUGCUUCAAUCCUAAAGCCCCUUUUAUGAAGAGGCCACAAGUUUUUGGUGAAUCAAGGGAUGGACUCUUUCUUCUCCAACCUAAUAGUACAACUAGGAGUUUUUAUUUUAAGGAAAACAAACAUGUAGUAGUUUCAGAGGCUACUCCUCAGGGAAAAUUUGAACCUAGAGCUAAGUCUUGUGUUUUUCUAGGGUACUCGGAUAAUAAAAAAGGUUAUAAGUGUUUGGAUUUGGAAACCAAGAAAAUCAUUGUAUCCAGAGAUGUGAAAUUUGAGGAGGAGUCUUUUCCUUUUGCUACUGCUUCAUCAAAUCCAUCAACUAUCUUUCCUCUUUCUCAUCACUACAGGAUACUUGAUGAUUUACCAACACUUGACUCUACCUCUUGUUGA